AUGGCUGCUGCAUCGACGACCAACGAACUAUCGAAACUUACGGUUGCUCAGCUGAAAGCCUUAUGCAAAGAAAAACAUAUCAGCGGAUAUUCCAAACUCACCAAGCCCGCCCUGAUCCAGAAGAUCCUCGCUGCCUCUGAUGCCUCUGAUAACUCUGUCGCUGCUGUAUUCAGCUCUGUGUCGCUGUCCACUGUUGAAUCUAGCGUCUCUGAAGCCAGCCAUGGACCAGCUGCUCGCCGAACGACAAAGGAGGGUCUCGAUGCACCUGCGAGACGGACAGAGACUCCUAAAGAUUUUACUCAGGACUCUACUCCAAACGCUUCGGGUCCUGGCCAUCUAGGUCUACCAAACGUUACGACUGGGAGGGUUGGCUCUGACGCUAUGGCAAGCGUUCGUAAUCUGGCUGUCGCGGCUAAUGAACUGGCUGAAGCGCCUGCCAUCGGGGAGACUGACGGCUCACCGCCGAGCGCGAGAGUAGCACCCACACCAGACGUAUCCACCUCUCUUUCGAAAGAUCUUGUAGAUGCGUCCUCUGGUAGACUGCGGAAUUCUCCGACCCGGUGGCCCAGUCACGUCCUCCACUCUGAGAAGGUGGAGUAUAUGCGCGUACCUACAACAUCGUCAAGACAGUUGGACGUCAGCACACCAGGCUCUGGACCUACGAGACCUAGUAACAAAACAACUGACGGAUAUGCGUUGAAUCUACUGGCGAAACGACCGGGAAGCACUUUGGUCCCUUCUCAUCAAGGCAAAAAGGCUAAGAUAGCUGUAGACUUUGGAAGCUCGCACGCUAGGGCCGGAACAACAUCGGCUUCUCGUACACAUAGGGCGUCUUGUGUCACUGCGUCAGAUCUACCUCCAUGUCCCGUGUCUGUUGCUCCAUCGAAGACAUCCGCAUUCGUCAUGGGCCCUCCACAUCAAGACGACCGGUCACCAGAGGUAUCAGGGCCUGCCGAUCGGACCGUUGCUAAGCAAGCUAAAAGAUUCAAGCCGCUAGCGAUCUGUAAACCCGUCAAACCCCACAUAUCUGCACCUUCUCGCAAAGUCAACGGCCCCUCGAGUGCUUGCGACGAAUCUCUUGCGCUGACUUCCCUUAGACCCAGCCACCUUGAUUCUGCGGAGUUCUUCGUCUUCCCAUAUAAGUCUUUUGCGGUUCCCGAGUGUACUCGUAUUUCUCUGCCGCCCUCUCUUUCUCAGCGCAAGCGGGUGCAGCGGUGGGCUGUCAUACUCAGUGGUCUAUCCGAUGCAGAGCGCCGGCAAUGUGCCCAAGUAUCGCGGAUGUUCCGCUAUGCGGGUGCGUCAUUUCGGCCAUGCCUUGCUGAUAACUGA